UCCGAGCGGGAUAUAUUGAGCCCGUCCCAUUUUUUUCAGUGUAUGAACGAAAUCAAAACAGCAUACUACCUGUCAUCCAAAAUACUUUGAUUCUUGUCAUUAUUUGUUUAUGUUUACAUGCUAGUGUUGUGUUGCAUGUUACUGAAGUGAUUUCGAGUUCUGUGCUUCCGUUUGUGAAAAUUAAACCGUGAAAACUGAUAUUUUACGCAAAAAAUGGGUGAUGAAAAUGAAAAUUCGUGCGAUAAGUUCGACGACGUGAAACCGGACAAAAUGUUUACCCUGAAGAAGUGGAACGCAGUGGCCAUGUGGAGCUGGGACGUUGAGUGCGAUACCUGUGCCAUUUGCCGGGUGCAAGUCAUGG